CCUUUUCUCUCACUUCUGACACAUCUGCAGUCAUUCCAGUAUGGCCACAGCCUCCUCUUCCCUCACAGACCACCUCCGCUGUUCGAUCUGCACAGAGGUCUUCACUGAGCCUGUGUCUCUCAACUGCCACCACACCUUCUGUAAGAGCUGCAUCCAACAAAGCCUGAAGACCCUUCAGCAAUGUCCGUUGUGCGGAUCUUGCCUAUUCAGAGACUCAACCUUUGAAAUCAACAAGCCUAAACCUAAACCUAGACUUAAAUCUAAACCUGAAGGGGUGGAACAGUCUCCCGAUCACGGUGAAUGGAGACAGAGAACCACAGCAGGACAAGACAUGUGUUCUAAACACAAUGAAAUCUUGCAAUUGUUCUGUGAUACAGACAAACGGUUCAUCUGUGUUGUCUGCAGAGACGGGAGAGCCCACGCAGGACACAAGUUCAAACCUGUGAAAGAGGCGCAAGAUGACGUUAUGGAGAAACUAGUCUCUGAAUUAAUCUACCUUCAAGAGGAUAUCAACAUGGUGGUCAGGUUCCUGGAGAGCGAGCGAGGCAUCACGGCGAACACGCGGGAGAGAAACGUCAGACUCAAAGCCGAGAUAAGCUCCCAAUUUGAGGAGCUCAGAGAGCAGCUGAGACUGAGAGAGGAGCAAGCCAUGAGGGAGAUAGAGGACAUGGACAUGGACUUUGAGACUAAACUAACCGAGAUAGAGGAAGUGUUGGCAGAAGGCUGGGAGAGACAGGCCAUCUUAAAGUCAGCGAUGAACAUUGCUGAGCCCAGGGAGUUCGUCAUGUGGUGGACAGAAAAGGGUGAGGCCGAGGCGAGGCUGGUGAGGGAUGUUGGAAAACUGCAGGGACCUUUGAUGAGGAAAUGCCCCCCUCCCAGUCCACAGAAACCCUGGACAAUCCUGGGCCUAUCUGCUACACAGUCCAAACCAUCCAUCACACUCCCCAACUCAGUCAGGAUACAACGUGGCCCAGCCGGGACAGAAUUGCAAAGCCUGCUUGGCUUCCUGGACUCAGAGGGUCUGAAGAAAAGUCUUUCCAGAAGCAUUUCUCAACCCACAGAGACCAAAUCCAACAAUUUAUUCUUCAAAAAGAGUAAUUCUAAAAAAGAUAAGAGUAAGUUUCAUGUCAGUUUUUAGAUGCUGAGUCAUGUCUCAAAGUGACUUUCCUCUUUACAAACUGAUUGUGCUCUUGUAAUCUGAUUCUUUUUAUUGAUGUGAUUGAGUUGAAUGAAUAGUUUGUAUUAUUUUUUACAGUUUUAUUUGAAUUGUGGCACUGAGAAAACAAUUAUUGUGUGCAUUUGAAAUGUGUAAAGAAGCUCAUAUAGAUUUGAGAUUAUAUUUAGAUUGAACAUUUCCUGUUAGAUUUUAGCAUUAGCAAUUAAUCAUGCAGGUAUAAUGCACUCAAUUCUCAAGAUCAAUGGACUUAUAUGAAUACAUUCAAAAGAGUGUCAAACUGUGACCUAAGCAAGGAAGCCAUAAAUAUUUGAAAACAUGGUAUACAGUGCUAAACCUAUUUUAUUUAUCCUCUACGGGAUCGGUGUCCCUAAACCGGGACAGUUUUUGCUCAAUAUGCGAUAUUGUGACUAGAAGGACGUUGUAAACAACAGACAACUUUCCGGGACAUAGACAUGUCUUAUAUGGGCACAAAGCUUAAAUUCUUGUUAAUCUAACUGCAGUGUGCAAUUUACAGUAGCUAUUACAGCAAAAAAAUACCAUGCAUUUUUUGUAUGUUCGCUAUAGUUAUGUACUUGAAAAUGUAUAAAUUGACCAAUUCAGGACAUUUGGGCAAACUCCUGACAGACUUGAUACAAAAUAUUGUGUAGUGAUGUAAUUCUUAACUGGAUCAAUCUGAAACUUUGCACACAUACUGCUGCCAUCUUGUGGACAACAUCUAAAUUACACCUAGAAUCCUACAUCACUGUCUGGCCUUUCUACUACAUUUCAAAGACAAUGAAACAAAAAAUAAAAUAGAAAAUACAUGUUUUUUUGUUUGUAUUAUCUUUUACCAGAUCUAGUGUGUUAUAUUAUCCUACAUUAAUUUUAAAUUUUCCCAAACUUCAAAGUGUUUCCUUUCAAAUGGUAUCAAUAAUAUACAUAACCUUGCUUCAGGUCCUGAGCUACAGGCAGUUAGAUUUGGGUAUAUCAUUAGACGGUCCGAUCCUUAAGAGGUUUAACCGAAACACUACAAGUCACAUCUAUUUCUGAAUUACCAACAAAAUAAUGUAGGCUAUUAUCUGUAUAAGACAGAUCAACUUUGUAAUAAAUUACAUAUCACAUAUUUUAA